CCCUCACCCCGCGGCGAUCCCCGCCGCCGCUCUCCGCGCCACCCACCCUCGCCAGCUGCGGCCGCGGCUCGCCGGCUCCACGGUGAACUAAAAAAAGCAACCAACCAAGAACGUCUAAAAGCAUCACAAUAAAACACUUCUUCAGAUCUGCAUCAAGAUGGAAACCUUUUGCCUUAAGAUUUCCUUUUGGCUGGCCCUGGUUGGAUAUGUAAUGGGAGAUAAUCCUGAGAGAUACAGCACCAAUCUAAGCAAUUACGAGGACGGCACUGGUUUUCACGGAACAGAGCUCAACCUCCUUGUCACCACUCAUCGGCCCACGAAUUUGGCUGUACCCAGCAAUGGCUCAAUGCACAACUACUGCCCACAGCAGACUAAAAUUACCCUAGCUUUCAAGUACAUUAACACGGUGAUAUCUUGUACUAUUUUCAUCGUGGGAAUGGUGGGGAAUGCAACUCUACUCAGGAUCAUUUAUCAGAACAAGUGUAUGAGGAAUGGACCCAAUGCACUCAUAGCCAGCCUGGCCCUCGGAGACCUGAUCUACGUGGUCAUUGAUCUCCCUAUCAACGUAUUUAAGCUGCUGGCUGGGCGCUGGCCUUUUGACCACAAUGACUUCGGUGUGUUCCUCUGCAAGCUGUUCCCCUUCCUUCAGAAGUCAUCAGUGGGGAUCACCGUCCUCAAUCUCUGUGCGCUCAGCGUCGACAGGUACAGAGCAGUCGCCUCCUGGAGUCGAGUUCAAGGAAUUGGAAUUCCCUUGAUUACUGCUAUCGAAAUCGUCUCUAUUUGGAUCCUUUCCUUUAUCCUGGCCAUCCCUGAAGCAAUCGGUUUUGUCAUGGUCCCCUUUGAAUACAGGGGUGAACAGCACAAAACCUGUAUGCUCAAUGCCACAUCCAAGUUCAUGGAGUUCUACCAAGAUGUGAAGGACUGGUGGCUCUUUGGGUUUUACUUCUGCAUGCCUUUGGUGUGCACUGCGAUCUUCUACACCCUUAUGACGUGUGAGAUGUUGAAUAGAAGGAACGGCAGCCUGAGGAUUGCCCUCAGCGAACAUCUCAAACAGCGUCGAGAAGUGGCGAAAACUGUGUUCUGCUUGGUUGUAAUUUUUGCACUCUGUUGGUUUCCUCUGCACUUGAGCCGCAUUUUGAAGAAAACUGUGUACGAUGAGAUGGACACAAACCGCUGUGAACUGCUUAGUUUCUUGCUGCUCAUGGAUUACAUCGGUAUUAAUUUGGCAACCAUGAAUUCCUGUAUAAAUCCGAUCGCUCUGUAUUUUGUGAGCAAGAAGUUUAAAAAUUGUUUCCAGUCGUGUCUCUGUUGCUGCUGUCACCAAUCUAAAAGCCUGAUGACCUCAGUCCCCAUGAAUGGAACAAGCAUCCAGUGGAAAAACCACGACCAAAACAAUCACAACACAGAGAGGAGCAGCCACAAAGACAGCAUUAACUAACCAUUGAAGAAACGUGGAUCCAUGUUCCUUCAAGUCCUGCAGGGGACUUGUCAUCUGGCAACUAUGUCUCCGGAAAUCUCUUCUGAGCUCCUCUUCCUUCACUCAGUCCCACUUCCCCCAAUGUAUUCUACAAGUGCUUCGCCAGAGUGGACUAGCUUAUAUCCAUGAAUCUUCUUUACUUAAGCUCAUAUAUUCUGCAUGUUCAAACACUCAAAAAUGGCAGGAGUGGGAGAGAAUGGAGCCUGUUCAAUGAAGCCAGAAGGAUUUUUUGCUACCUUUGCAUGAAAACAGUUUUGAGUACAUGACCAGCUUUGAUGGUGGUUCUAUGCAGCGUUCCACAACAACUGGUCAUCGGAAGAAUUGAGAAAUUGAGACCAAAUAUUUUUCUUUUUUGGCCAAGCAUAACAUGGAUUUUGGACACUUUUCUUUGAAAUGUCAUUCAGUGCCAGUAUUUUUUUUUUUACUGUAUAAUAGCCUAGAACUGUUUGAGCUAAUUUACAUAUAUUUUGUAAAAAAA